UCAUCUUCCUCUCUUCCCUACCACCACCACCAGCGACCAGCCUCGCUCACACCUACUCACCACAUCACCUAAUCUCCGCAACACUUAUCAACUAAACAUGUCCGGCCGUGGCAAGGGUGGCAAGGGUCUCGGAAAGGGUGGUGCUAAGCGCCACCGCAAGAUUUUGCGUGACAACAUCCAGGGUAUCACCAAGCCCGCUAUCCGCCGUCUCGCCCGUCGUGGUGGUGUGAAGCGUAUCUCUGGUCUCAUCUACGAGGAGACUCGUGGCGUUCUCAAGAUCUUCCUCGAGAACGUCAUCCGUGACUCCGUUACUUACACUGAGCAUGCCAAGCGAAAGACCGUCACUGCUCUCGACGUUGUGUACGCCCUCAAGCGUUCCGGGCGUACGCUGUACGGAUUCGGUGCCUGAUCGUGUUUCGCUAUGUAUCUAUAUGUCGAGUGUAGUUUUAUCGGAUGUUCCACCUCUCUUAUAUUCGUCUCGUAUAAUGACAAAAUUGGGCUCAUACCCUGCCAUGAUAUG